AUGAUCGAAUCGAACAUGCUACUCCACACGCUAUCUUCUUCUUCUCCUCCCAUUCACCGGCUCUAUCUCCACCAUUCCCAGAUCCUCCCAUCUACUGGCUCGCUUAAGUUCUUCUCGCCCAAGAAGAUUUCUCUUCAGAUACAUGGAAGGACUUUGGCCAUUCGAUCUUUUCAUGAAUUUGAUGCUAGAGGUUUGCCGGCUUUGAACAAAGCUUCCUUGAAGAAGCUACAAAGCAAAGUAUCUACCUUUGUGGUGGGACAGAGCUUGUUGACGAUUUCUGCUAACCCACAGAUCGCAGCAGCAGCAGAAGUCGUAAAGCCCGAACCGAUUUACGAAGUUGGAGAGCUGUUUGAACUUAGCAUCCAGCUUUCUUACUUGCUGUUACUGCUUGGUUUGCUCGGAGUCGGUACUUUCUAUGUCAUCCGCCAAGUACUUGUCCGCAGAGAACUUGACCUCUCCGCUAAAGAAUUACAGGAGCAAGUUAGGAGCGGCGAUGCAAGUGCAACAGAGCUCUUCGAGCUUGGUGCAGUGAUGCUGAGGCGGAAAUUUUAUCCAGCAGCUAACAAGUUCUUGCUUCAAGCAAUCCAGAAAUGGGACGGUGACGAUCAAGAUCUUGCUCAGGUCUAUAACGCUCUUGGAGUGAGUUAUGUCCGAGAGGAGAAACUGGACAAAGGAAUCGCUCAGUUUGAAAUGGCGGUGAAGAUACAGCCAGGCUAUGUAACGGCUUGGAACAACCUUGGCGAUGCUUAUGAGAAGAAAAAAGAGCUGCCUUUGGCGUUGAAAGCGUUUGAAGAGGUUCUGUUGUUCGAUCCCAACAACAAAGUGGCUCGGCCUCGACGAGAUGCGUUGAAAGAUCGCGUUAAGCUCUAUAAAGACGUUGUGGCGGUUAAGUCCAAGAAACGGUGA